ACGAUCUUUGUACAGAUCAACAGCUGGGUGGAACGCUGGAAAAGAAGUUGCUUCAAUGGCAUUUUUUGUAGGGAUGGCAAUUUGAUUGUAAGACAAGCCUGUUGUUAUAUUAGUAGUUAUUUUUUCUGCUGUGCCAUGGAUUUUAACGUUAAGCGGUUAGCAGCAGACGCCGGUACUUUCCUGAGCCGCGCGGUACAAUUCACAGAAGAGAAGCUUGGCCAGGCUGAGAAGACAGAGUUGGAUGCCCAUUUGGAAAACCUGUUGGUCAGAGCUGAAAACACCAAGCAAUGGACAGAAAGGAUUAUGAAGCAAACCGAGGUCUUACUGCAGCCCAACCCAAAUGUCCGAUUAGAAGAGUUUGUCUAUGAGAAACUGGAGAAAAAAGCCCCUACGCGAAUGAACAACCACGAGCUGCUGGGCCAGUCCAUGAUUGACUCGGGAAGUGAAUUCGGUCCAGGAACUGCUUACGGAAACGCGCUGACAAAAUGCGGCGAGACGCAGAAGCAGAUCGGCGGAGCGGAGCGGGAGUUCAUCCAGAGCGCCGCCAUCAACUUCCUCACGCCUUUCCGGAAUUUUCUCGAGGGUGACUUUAAAACCAUCUUGAAAGAGCGGAAGCUUCUGCAGGUCAAACGCCUGGAUCUGGAUGCAGCGAAAACCCGACUAAAGAAAGCCAGGAUGGCUGAUGCUAGAGCUGCUGCGGAGCAGGAGCUGAGGAUGACCCAGAGUGAGUUUGACCGACAGGCGGAGAUCACCCGCCUGCUGCUGGAGGGCGUCAGCAGCACCCACGCACACCACCUCCGCUGUUUAAAUGAUUUUGUGGAGGCCCAAACUACCUACUACGCACAGUGUUACCAGUACAUGGUGGACCUCCAGAAGCAGCUUGGCAGUUUCCCCUCGUCAUUUUCCAACAACAACCAGUCCUCUGUGUCGGGCGGGGCCAGCAUCUCGGUGCCCACCAUACCAGUGUCCGCCUCCCUGCCCAGCGUGUCACCAGGCCACAGCAGCGCUGCAGCAUCAGGAGGAUUCAGCGAAUUGCGUAGCUCCAAUGGCAGCCGUAAAGCCAGAGUCCUUUACGACUACGAUGCUGCGAGCAGCAGCGAGCUCUCCCUUCUGGCUGAUGAGGUGAUCACGGUCAGCAGCGUUCCCGGCAUGGAUUCAGACUGGCUGAUGGGGGAGCGAGGCAACCAGAAAGGCAAAGUCCCGAUCACCUACCUGGAGCUGCUGAACUGAGACCCACAAUCUCACCUCCUCCGGCCGUCCGCACCCUGCUGUGAUCUCAUAUUUAUACCACGUUUCAGGGACAGGCCUCGCUUUCUUUUCCAUUCAGUUGUUUUAGAAAAAGUUUUACUAAUAAAAAGUCGUCUUGACUCACAGCAGAAUCGAGCAGGAGUGAAUAAAAAUCGAGUGAGGGGGAAGCAAACAGACCCAUUCCCUCAUUUGUUCGCAGUUCAUUUCUAAAACUUGCUUCCACGCCUUUUUGUUUGAUACCAUAUGACCUGAAAUAUGCACCCGAACAUCUCCCAGAAACUUUUUAAAGAGAUUUUUUUUGUUUACAAAAUAUAUCUCAGAUGGUGAUGUAAAUGCUUUUGAUGCCUAGUUUGUUUGUUUGUUUUCUUUUUUCUUUUUUUUUUUACCGGCAAUGCAAGUUUUUGUAAGUUGCAAUCCAGAGGACACAUUUUGUUCAAUAUGGGGGAAGAAAUAAAGCACUUCUGUUUGGAGUGGAGAGAUGCUGAUUAUUUUUAAGUCUUAUUUUAUAAAUGAUAAUCUAAUGGAGCGGUUAUCCUGAAUAUGAAUUGUAUUUUAACAGUAUCAUUUGUGUUGUGCCUCAGCUUCAUUUGCUUGAAGUCAAACUGGACAACUUGCAUGUCAACGUAGUAGCUAUGCCAGCAGUAUUGAGACUCUCAGGUCAGCCUUAAGUGUUGAAGCCGAAUAUUUCUACUCGCAUCCUAAUUGGAAAUCAGCUUUUUAACCCUGUCAGCUGAAUACUCACUAACCAGAAAUCAGCUGCUGUCUGUGAUUAAAUUAAUAAGUUGUGUAUUGUUCAGAAUUGCACGCAAUAUUUAUUUCUCUGGUUUUGAUCAGCUUGCUGUUUACUUUAAAAAAAAAAAUAUGUAAAAAAAUAUAUCUGUGAGAUGAGAUUACUAACAUUUCGUGGUUUCCUUAAGUUGCAUUUCAGCAUAAUGUUUUUGGGUGUUUUUCUCUUUUUUGUUUUGUAUUCUGGGAGAUUUAAGUAUGUUAUUACACAUUUGCUUUUUUGUUUUGUGGCAUAUAAUUGUAAAAAAAAACAAAUAAAUAUACAAUAUGAA